AUGAAUGAAACAAGGAGGAGGCUCGUUCCUCGGUUGCGUGAAACAGCUGUUGAGAAACGCAGUAGCGCCACUGACAACGACCAUCCCAUCGUUACAGUACAUGAUCCCAGAAACACGGAUUUAGUUGGGUUGGCCUUUUGGCUCAUAAUUUCGGUGGCUGUUUUAGCAGGUUCAGUUGUUGUAUCCCAUGUGGGUCGUUCGGAUCACUCCAGCGCUGCGCUGUUCCCACUUGAUGUGAACCAGUUCAAUGAGAGGAAUGCCAGAUCGCAUCUUGUAAGGGUAACAUCACUUGGCCCCCGCACCACCGGAUCUGUCGCAAACGAAAUAUUGGCACCAUCGUAUUUUCGGCAAGUUUUGAGUGAUAUUAGUCAACUGGCGACAGUGUCGGGUCUAAAUGCCAGUGUGGCUGAGCAGAUUUCUGACUACGCGUCUUUCCGGGCCCAAUUCCAUGUGACAGCCUACAAAAACCUUCGCAAUUUCAUUCUCCGGUUGCAUGAUCCACGUGUGAUUGGUGAAGGACCUCCUAGGAAGGCACUUUUGGUAAACUGUCACUACGAUUCUGUUGUAAGCAGUCCAGGCGCGUCCGAUGCGUUUGUCAGCUGCGCUGUAAUGCUCGAAGUUUCCCGAGUCUUAGCAACAGGACACACAAGGCUGUUAAAUGACGUCAUCUUCCUGUUCAAUGGCGCUGAGGAGUCUAUACUUCCAGCGAGCCACGCUUUCAUUACGCAGCAUCCAUGGGCAGGCGAUGUGGCCGCCUUCUUAAAUCUCGAAGGUGCUGGGUCAGGAGGUCGUUUGUUGGUUUUUCAGUCUGGUCCGGGAGCGGGUACAGACCUUUUGAUGGAUGCCUACUCCAAAGCGUUCAAACAACCUCAUGCAGAUGUCUUCGCGGAGGAGCUGUUCCAGUCCGGUACCCUUCCUGCCGACACGGAUUUUCGAAUCUUCCGAGAUUUUGGCUUCAUACCUGGAUUGGAUAUGGCUUAUACAACGAACGGGUAUGCUUAUCACACUCCGUAUGAUACCGAGUCACGAAUACGGGCUGAGUCUCUACAAAAGACCGGUGAAGAUAUACUGUCAUUUGUUUCCGUAGUCGCACAAGAUGACAGACUGCGUAGCGUUCCCAAGUUGCCUUCCGUGAAUACUACUUCUGCGAGUGGUGCAUGGAAUGAUGAAAUUGGUGGUAUAUCCUCUGACGAUGUAUCCAUGAGUCACUUCCCGUUUACUAGUGUUUUGACUUCUCUAUGGAAUCGUUACGUUUAUUUCGAUGUGCUAGGUCUAAUACUCGUACUGGUACCCUGGUCAUCCUGGAAACUGUUCAAUUGGCUCCUUUGUAUUUGUGUUUGUCUACGGUUGUUGUUUCGAGCCUCAACGGAGCCUUCUCGUUUUUCUGGUGCUAUCGCAGCGUCUGCCAUUCAGCUCUGCAGUCAUGUUUUGGGAUUUUUAUUCUCUCUGCUUUUGGGCUUUCUUGUUCAUGCGUACGGGUGCCGGAUGACAUGGUACUCGUUCCGUUACAAUGUGGUUGGUAUAUUUUUACUUCCUUUGAUCUUCUGGUUUGUUUGGUUCCACACUUGCGCGUUUCGUAUUCGCGAUGGCUAUAUGAAUCGUUUCAAACUUAUUUCAAAUUUAUUUUCUAGCCUCGGUUGGGUAACAGAUCAUACAGUAAAUUAUAGGUUACUGGAGUAUGAUUUUUUCAACGGUGGUCUGCUCAUUUUGGCCACUGUAACAGGAUUGCUAAAUUUUAUGAAUACCCCCGCAGUUUAUAAUUCUACAUUUUGGCUGGCUACUACAUUAUCAUUUCGGACUCUCUAUGAAUUUCUUUUUGGGUCCGGUCGACCUAACUCACUAACCCGGCUAGCUGUGACAAUUUUGCCGGCGUUACUCACGCUCCACAUGUAUCUGUGCUCUAAUCUCUUCGAUUUCAUUAUCCCUGUUCUGGGACGUGCUGGGCAGGCUACCGCUCCGGACAUUCUAGUCAGUGUUUUGGCUUUCUUCGCUCUGUCUCCGGUAGCUCUUUUUAUCGCCGGUCCUCUCCAGUGCACGUCGAAGGAGGCGAGUAGGACGAUGCGUUUGCUGCUACUCAAUGGGUGUCUCUCCUAUGCUAUCUUGGUUCAUGCCUCUCCAUUUGGCUUUCCAUACACAAUUCCCAGUGGUUCAGACGCAAGCGAUCCGUCGUUUAGCCCCCGACUUCAGCGUGUUGGUGUGUUUCACAUAGACCGACGGUUUCGUGACCGGGUAGAUUACAAUGACAUAACCAGUAGUGACAGUGUUAUGCUGAUAUUUCCACUGGAUAGCAAUGGUGUUCGGUAUCUGAAACCCAAUUCAUAUCCAUUCUCGGUACGAUCUUCUCUGUUUUCACUCUUCUCUUCUGAUGAGAUGCAGAAUCCAGUUCGGGACUACGGAGGACUCGUGGAAUUGGUCGAUAACUCACUUGUUGCAUGUGAUCGUUCGCGUCCCUAUUGUGGGAUAGCUGCAAUGUAUCCAUAUUUACAUCUAUUCAGUGGUGCAUAUUACAUAAGAUCCGACCCGCACAUGUCUAAGCCGAUGACCGCGUUAAAAGUUAUUGCACGUGACGUAGUCGGAGAGCCAACCUUGGCAAAUGCUCGCAAGCAGUGGAAUUUCACCUUUUCGGUUGUUUCUGGCCCUCCUCACACUCAUUUUCUGAUACGUACCAAUACUCCAGAAGUUCGACUAGUUGCGUGGUCUUUCACAACAGGCAGUACUGUCCCCAUGCCUAUGCCGCUUCCAGCACGGUCUCCAAGUGAGAAAGGAAGCACAGGGGCUCAUUAUUUCAUCUAUCACGUGGACGCUGCUGCUGUCAAUAGUACCGAAUCUCCUUGGCAAACCCCUUGGACCUUUUGGUUAUCUGUUGACUUUAUGACCAACACUACCACCCCUUACUUUGACGUAGCAGUGGCUGGUAUAUAUAUGGAUGAAAGUUUGCCGUCUCACUCGUCCCCGCAACUUCGUCAUUUUUUGGACAGGCUUCCCCCGUGGACCGUUGCUUUGACUUCGUGCGCUUCAUAUGAUCAUUAUCAUAGCGCUAUGCCACACACAAUUCUGCUUGUUCAACCUUCAGCCAAGAAGCCGGACACACGCACCUGGUCUGAUUAUGAGACGGUUGAACAGUGUCUAGAAGGAGUGUGCAAAAUUUACGAGGAACAAUUGAAACGUGAAAAUCCCAACGCGCCAACCAUCACUUACGACAUUUCCCAGUUGUUCCAGUUUAUAGACCAGCUAGCCGACUUGAGCUGUCUUGUCUAUCACGAGCCAACCUAUACCUAUGUACCUCAUCCAAAAAACUGGAUCAAAGAGCAAUUUCCAGGGACGAGAUGGCUCAAGUGGUUAGGGUUAGGUGAAUUUACUCACCGGAAGGUCCAUGGUUCGAACCUGACCUCUGCCUCUCGACUUCCCCUGUCUAGGCUUGGGUAA